UCUGAAAUCCGUAGUGUAGCCGUCCUUGUGCCUUAGGGCAGCUGUAGCCUAGUACUUGAGAACAGGGAUUCUGUUUUUCCUCUGAAGACGCCCCUUCUGGCCCCCGUCUCCUCCAGCUGACUCUACUUCUCUUGCUUCCUUCGGUUCACACGCUGGCUCACGUUGCCCCAUUUUCCUGGUCCUGGAGUGCUCUCCCUACCACUGUUACCCUGGCUUAGGCCCUGGGGGAAGACAUCCUUUUAGACAUUACCAGAGUUUUUCAUUGAAACACUUGACUAGUUCCCUGACCACCAGCACUGCCACGAUUGUGAUUUUAUGUGUGGUUAUUGUCUUUUCUACUCGAUGUCCCACGAAGGCUGUUGUCACUGUUGCCUCCCUCAUUGUUUAGUUGAAUGUGUAGCCCAUGGUAGCCAUUUAUUUUUUAAUUAAUUAAUUUUUUUAUGGUUUUUCCAGGCAGGGUUUCUCUGAGUAGCCCUAACCGUCCUGGAACUCAUUCUGUGGGCCAGGCUGGCUUUGAACUCAGAGACCCCCUGCCUCUGCCUCCAGGUGCUGAGACUAAAGGUAAUGUACCACCACCGCACCACUGCCCUGCAGCAGCCAUUCUUAGUGUGUCUGUGAAGUGAUUCAACCCCUCACCCCCACACAGACAAGAAGGUUCAGGGGCUGAUACUCUGAUGUCAGGCUGUGUUUGCCCAGCCUGGUGUCUCUAUGUCUGGCAUUGGUGGUAAAGAAGCAGGGGAUACAAAGGCCCUGUGAUCAUACUGGGAAUUGGGGCGCUUCCUCCACCCUGAAAUCUGAUCUUUUCAUAAUUCCUCACAGGUGUCUGAGUCAAGACAAGUGGACCACACCCUCCAAAUCUCAUGGAGGCGGUGACGUUUGGCGAUGUGGCUGUGCACUUCUCUCGAGAGGAGUGGCAAUGUCUGAAUUCUGGUCAGAGGGCCCUCUACAGGGAGGUGAUGCUGGAGAACCACAGCAGUGUGGCUGGACUAGCAGGAUUCCUGGUCUUUAAGCCUGAACUGAUCUCCCGGCUGGAGCAAGGACAAGAGCCAUGGGUCCUUGACCUACAGGGAGCAGAAGGGACAGAGGCACCAUGGAUCUUCCAGACAGAUUCUGCUAUUAGAACUGAUCACAAGCAGACCUGUGAGUACAUGGACCUUCUCAAUCCUGGCUUUGGAGACAAUUUGGAUUCUAAGGUCUUGUCAGAGAAUUUUCCAAGCAGCCUUGGACUAAGAGUGAGUGGCUCACUUUUCCAGAAGCACCAUUUGAAUAAUGAGACUGUGGCUCCCAAGAACUUCUCUGCAGACACUCUUCAGGAGUGCAAGGAGCUUCAGGCCACUGAUCUGAGUUAUCAGCCUGACGAACAGAGUGUGAAGUGGACAUCAGAGAACUGUGAAGUGUGUGGCAGAGUAUUUAGAUCACCUUUGAACCUGGGUCCAUGUCUGGAAAUCAGUGUGCGGGAAAAACCAUACAGAUGUCAGGCGUGCCAAAACACAUUAUCUGACUGCUCACAGGAGAAAUACACAAGUCGCUGCCAUGGGAAGAAGCCUUAUGAAUGUGAGGAGUGUGGGAAGGGCUUCAGGCUGUGUUCACAACUCAGUCAGCAUCAGAGAAUCCACACUGGAGAGAAACCAUUCAAAUGUGUUGAUUGUGGGAAAGCUUUUCGUCUGAGCUCAAAACUUAUUCAGCAUCAAAGAAUUCAUACUGGAGAGAAGCCUUACAGGUGUGAGGAGUGUGGGAAAACCUUUGGUCAGAGCUCAAGCCUCAUCCAUCAUCAGAGAAUCCACACAGGAGAAAGGCCAUACAGUUGUCAAGAGUGCGGGAAAGCCUUCAGCCAGCAGUCACAGCUGGUCAGACAUCAGAGGACUCACACUGGAGAGAGGCCCUACCUCUGCCAGGAGUGUGGCAAGGCCUUCACCCAGAGCUCAACUCUAGCUCAGCAUCAGAGGAUGCAUGCUGGGGAGAAAUCUCAAAUGCCAAGAGCUUCAGAGAACCCAAGCCUUACUGCUCACCAGGGAAAUAACACCGCAGAGAAGCCAUUUAAGUGCGAGGAGUGUGGGAAAGCUUUCAGGUGGGUCUCUCGCCUGAGUCAGCACCGGCUGACCCAUACCGGAGAGAAACCUUACAAAUGCAACAAGUGCACGAAAGCCUUUGGCUGUAGCUCGCGACUGAUUCGCCAUCAGAGAACUCACACGGGAGAAAAACCGUUCAAAUGCGAUGAGUGUGGGAAGGGCUUCGUCCAGGGCUCGCACCUCAUUCAGCAUCAGCGAAUCCACACAGGGGAGAAGCCCUACGUGUGCUCCGAGUGUGGGAAGGCCUUCAGCCAGAGCUCCAGCCUCAUUUACCACCAGCGGAUCCACAAGGGGGAGAAGCCCUAUGAGUGCAGCCAGUGUGGGAAAGCCUUCAGCAUGAGCACGCAGCUCACCAUCCACCAGAGGGUGCACACUGGCGAGAGGCCCUACCAGUGCAGCGAGUGUGGGAAAGCCUUCAGUCAGAACUCCACCCUUUUCCAGCACCAGAUCAUUCACGCUGGAGUCAAGCCCUAUGAGUGCAGUGAGUGUGGAAAGGCCUUCAGCCGGAGCUCGUACCUUAUUGAACACCAGAGAAUACACACUAGGGCCCAGUGGUACUGUGAAUUUGGAAACACCAUUGAAAGUUCCACCUUCUUGAACCAUAAGAAAGUGAACACUGUGAAAAAAUUGCACCAGUGUGAUGACUGUGAGAAGAUAUUCAGGUGGCGUUCACACCUGAUUAUACACCAGAGGAUUCACACGGGAGAGAAGCCUUACAAAUGUAACGCUUGCGGCAAAGCCUUUAACCGGAGCUCAAGGCUCACUCAGCACCAAAAAACCCACAUGGGAUAAUCAUUUACCUAGAUGUCCUAGUUACUUCUCUAUUGCUGUGAUGACACCAUGCCCAAGGCAACUUGUGAAAGUUUGUUUGGGGCUUAGAGUCUUAGAGAGCAUUCACGGCGUCAUGGUGAGGGGCGUGGCGGCAGGCAGGGAGGCAUGGUGCUAGAGCAGUAGCUGAGAGCUCACAUCCUAGGACAGCCAGUUACUAGGCGGAGAGAACUAACUGGAAAUGCCAAGAGUCUGUAAAAUCUUAAAAGCUUGUGCUGGAGAGAUCGCUCAGAGGUUAAGAGCACUAGCUGCUCUUCCAGAGGUCAUGAGUUCAAUUCCCAGCAACCACAUGGUGGCUCCCAACCAUCUAUAGUGAGAUCUGGUGCCCUCUUCUGACAUGCAGGUGUACAUUGACAUGCAGGCAGAACAUUGUAUACAUAAUAAAAAAAAAUUAAAACAAAAAAUUUUAAAAAAUCUUAAAAGCUCAUCCUGUGACACACCUUCUUCAAGGCUAUACCUCCUAAUAAUUCCCAAACAGUUCCACCAACUGAGGACCAAGUAUUCACACACAUGGCCCAUGCAGAUUAUUCUGUGUACAAAUGUAACUGAGUAAGCCAGAAGCCUUACUUUAUUGAGGUAAUUUAUGCUAACAGGAACUUGAGAAUGCUAGAAAAGAUUCAAACUUGUUCUUAAAGAAUAUUCUACUUAUGAAAAUGUUUUGUUUCUGGCAUGUUUGACAUUUAUCCAUUAAAUAAAGUGUGUGUCAAGGCAUAGCCUA